AUGGACCACUGGAACUGGCCCCCGUGCGUGCGCAUCCUCGCCAACACCCCCGACCCGUUGUUCCUCUUCGUCACGCGGGAAGAGCGUGCCGCGGUCGAGACCUCGCGCCUACAGUCGCUCCAUUUCGAGAGGCGAGACCGCCUGCGCGACCAGCGAACCGGCGAGACACAGCGCCCGGUGUGCCCUUUCGUCCGGUUCUUUGAGAAGGUUCAACUCCAAGUCAUCACCGACGAAACGCCCGACUGGCUCUGGCAGGCGUGGUUCGACCCUCCCGACAGCGACGACGACGACGACGGCGAUGAUGCCACCGCCGACGAAGGUGACAGCGAUGCCGACACGCUCGUGGAAGAACCCGAAUGUGCGCACGACUACGACUUCCUCCUCAGUUUAAACGGGCGUCUUUGGCCCGGAUACUGCAGCUACCGCAAUUACCUCGAACGGCGGUUUGGUCCUCAGGGGGCGGGCGGGCCGCCGUAG